CACGUGCUUCAUGAAUGCAGCUAAUGACAUAAUAAUUAAAAAACUGUUUUGAUUGCGAAUUUCCAUCGCCACCUGGUGUAAAUAUUUUGGCCAAUAAAAUGUGGAUUGCUCUUUCAAUCAUUUUUUCUGCUAUUGGUGUUUCAAAAUCUCUUCCUGCACCAGUGUCAUCUCUUCAGUAUGAUUCUGGACUUUCCUACAAAUACAGCUACCAGUUGACUAUCCUACUUAAUGAAGAUUCCAAUAUUACAAGCAGAAGCGCUGCUGUAGGUCGUAAUGUUGGUUAUAAAGUUUCUUCAGAGUUCUUGCUUUCAAAUGUGUGGCAAAGUUCCUCAGAUCCAAAAGAAAAACUUCUCAAACUGGAGCUUCUGAAACCAACACUUCUUGUAUCAUCUACUAUGCAUUCUACUGAAGGUAUCAACAGGCACUGGUCAAAAUUAGAUAAUUUAUCUUACCCACCAAUUUACAUUCACUGGAAUGAUGGAAUUGUGCAAAAAGUGUAUUUGCUGCCUGACUCCCAGUCUUUGAUUAACAUCAAGAAAGGUAUAGCUAGUUUGCUUCAGCUUCAUGUAUCGAACACGCCAACAAAAGAAGCAGACGUAGCUGGCAUUUGUGAAGUCCGUUACAAAACAGCUGGAAAUACCAUUCGAAAGAAUAAAUAUAAUUGCCAAAAAAGUUCAAGUAUACCUAAACAGCAGAGCAGUGAGCUCAGAAUGUCGACUAUUACUUCAACUUCGGAAAUGAUCGUUGACUUAAUACCCCAAGAAAAUAUUAUCCAAACUCUCACAAGUAGGGAGGAAGUAAUGAUGACCUUAAACAUGUGGAAGCAAGCUGCUGUUUUUGUGAAAUCAAAAAUUCAUGUAAACUUCAUUGAUCGCCAGAAAAAUCCCUUUGUGAUUUCAGCCACUGAUGUCAAAUCUGCAUUAGGAGCAUUAUCCAAAGAGAUGGGACAAAGUUUUAAAGAAGAAACUUUAGAAAUUGAAUCUGAUCCAAAUAUAUGCAUUGGGAAUUGUAAACCUUUGAUGGAAUUAGUUAAAGAAUACAGUGAAAAUAUGCAUUCAUCGCAUCUUGGUAAAGUUAAAUCAGCUGCAGGUUUCUUAAAAUUACUUGAUGGGUUCCGAAGAGCUUCCAAGAAAGAUAUUUUCAUGGUGUUCAAAAAGGCUGAAGAAGCAAUAUUGACGCAACUUUUAGAUGUUCUUGCAGCAACGCAAUCUACAGAUGCACUAGAUGUUGCAUUCGAGUUAGUGGAGUUUGAAAGCAAGGACACUACUAUAGCUGAACGAUUUCUUCUGUGCCUUGCUACUGUUCCUUAUCCUAAUGAAGACCUUAUUGUUCGGACUUUAAAAUUGCUUCACAGAAAACUUAAAAGUGAGAAAGUUAGAGCUACCAUCUUGGUAACCUUGUCUUCUCUUAUUCGAACUUACUGCAAAAACAACCCAAAGAACAAAGGCUCUGUGAUUGUGAAAGAUGUCAGUGAUCUAUUUUUGCGAGAACUUGGCGGAUGUCAUCACAUUAUUUGUGUUCUCAAUCAUUUACUUGCCUUAAAAAAUGCUGCUUUACCUGAACAUAUACCUAUCUUGUUAGAGUACAUUAAAAAGGGAGGUAUACUUGGACUUGUAGCCAUGGAAGCUCUGAAAGAAAUUGGUGAAGAACAUUUUAAUAAAGAGGUGAAAAAUGUUCUUUUCAGAGCAUAUUUUCAAUUUUGGCCUCAUCAAGAAUCUGCUGCUCGAGUACUUGCUGCAGAGCUGCUGAUCAAAAGUGAUUCCACUAUAAGUACUGUAGGUUCUCUUGUGUUGUCACUGGCAAGCAGAGAACAACCGGAGAUUAGUACACUUGUACUGUCAAAAGUGUAUUCUGCAAUGAAAAAAAAUGACGCUAUCAGUUCAUGUGUGAAAGAAGUGCUGAGGAACACAACAUUUGGAAAUUAUAAUUAUUUAGCUCAAAAUGGAACUUCUACUAGUUAUGAGCAUCUAUUAUUAGCAACACAUGAUGUCAAUGUAACUUAUGGUAUAAACAUGGAAAUGCGUCCUGCUGGAAUGUUGAAACGAACAAGUCUAGACUUGGGUUUGCAAAAUAAUCAUGAAAAUUUGCAUUUAAUAUCACUGGGUCUUUUUGUGGAAGGCUUUGGAUUAAGCGAUGAAGAACAGAAAGAAAAUCCUGAAGAACAUUCAGCUGGAAUGCAAUUAUCUGUUCUCGGUGUGCAUUUGAGGCCUUAUAUAUUUUUCACCGGCACCGCUGAGUUGAUGGGCUUAGUUUGGUCAGGAGUUGGUGGCGAGCCAACACCAGCCCUGCAGGCAAACUUCCUGAUUAUGGAUCAAAUGCAGUCCAUAGUUCUACAAAAUGGAAUUAGCGUUGACUUUAUGCUGAAAGGAGCAUUAUCUGCUGAUGUUUCUGGCACUGUUGAAAUAUCAAUGUGGAAUAAAAAUGCUCAUGCAAAAGUUAAAAACAGUGGUGCCCUCUUAGUCAAUGGAUUUUGCCGUGUUGAUACCUCUUUUGUAGAAAGUCAUGUAGAUUUCGCAUUAGGUGGAAGUUCUGCUCUAGACAUGGUAGUAGAUCUGGACUUUGGCAAAAAGCCUAUGAAAAUUUGCUUGCAAGUUGAGCAACCAGACUACAUUUUCAGGCAUAAUGUAAGGAAGACUGAAACAAUACCUGGAAGCAAACAUUUAAUCAAAACACUGAAGAGGAGGAGUAUACAUUUCCCUGGAAGAUCAUUUAAUUUACACAAAAAAAAUUCAGAUUCUUGUAAAGAACUGUUGCUUCCCAAAAAACAAGCAUCAUCAUUUUGGUAAAAAUCUUCCAUGUAAAAUAUUAAGUGCGUUGAAAAGGUAAUUGUGUAUGAGUAUAAAAUUGUUCAAAUUAGUACAUUUAUGAAAAUCAGUAAUUGAAAGAAAAAAAAAAACAGCUUACAUAUGAAAAAUGUUGUAGAAAUUGUGUUUGUAACAGAAGCAAUAUGUUUAUGUACUUUAUUAUUUUGUACAUUUUGUUACAUCACUUGGUCAAGGUUGAUCAAAUUGUCCUAUGUACUGAAUGUCAUUAUUUGGUUCAAGCAUUUUGUGUUAAUUUAUUUAAAAUUAGGAUAGUUUUUUGUACUUUAUAAAGCAUUCAUUGCCAGUUAAAUAGUGCCAAACUAAAAAUAAACUUGAGCAUUGACAAAAGGCAGCUAAACAAUUUCCUUGGGUCCAUUUUGAUGCUUCUUUCCUUGUAUAUAUAUGUUCUAAAAAUGAUUGAGUAUAAGUUCCAGUUUGUGUACCUGAACAAAAUGAACAAACCUUCAUUGUGAUAUGUCCAAAAACUCUAAGUUCUUGAACUAUAGCACUUUGUAUUUGCAAGCCAAAGAGCAAUAAAAUUUG